ACAAUGGGUCUUUUACGCUGCAUGUGGGAUGUGUAGAUAAAGGAGAACCGCAGAACAAUGGACAAAAGAAAGUCAAUGGACAAGAAUGGCGCAAACAGAAUAGAUGAGGUCUUUGGAGAUUAUAUGAUAAGUGUGUACCGCUUAGGGAAGACUAAAAAUAUAAAGGAGCUCAGAGUGACUAAAUUGCACAGCAGAUGAAGAGGCCGGCUGUUUACUAUAUUGUUCUUAAGCGCAGGGCUUCACGUCUGUUUGUAGAGGGUGAUUCAUGAUUCAACAUGUACCCUAGAUAGAUAAGGAGAAGUUAGACCAGCAGCCACGUGCUAUACACAGACUGCUUUGUGUUGUUCAGGAGGGGGAAACACGUUUCGCACGAGACCUGCCUCCUGGACCAGGUGCUGGAGCUGAUUAUGAACGAGAAGCCCCCCAACAGCGCUAGUCUUUUCCUAAACGAGGACGCGGACAAACCCACCCUGCCAGAGAGUGGAGACUUGAGGAGGCGACUACGCAGGGCCAUGGAGAAGAGAGCUAGCAGCAUGAAGGAGAGGAUGAGCUCCAUCAGCAGGGACAGCGUCAAAGGUUUCUUCAAGAGGAAUCUGUUUGUUCUCUUCACUGUCGCCGCUGUGGCUCUGGGUGUAAUCCUGGGCUUUGCCCUACGUCCCCACAACCUGUCCCUGAGGGAGAUCAAGUACUUUGCCUUUCCUGGGGAGCUCCUAAUGAGAAUGCUACAGAUGCUGGUGCUGCCUCUCAUCGUCUCCAGUCUGGUCACAGGUAUUUCCUCCUUGGACAGCAAAGCGUCGGGUAAGAUGGGUGUGCGCGCAGUGGUCUACUACAUGGUGACCACCCUGAUCGCUGUGUUCAUUGGCAUUGUUAUCGUGAUAAUCAUCCGGCCGGGGAAAGGCAGCAGGGACAGUCCUGUGGCCAACGGUGGAAACAUAGAACCAAUUCAAGCUGCCGAUGCUUUCCUAGAUCUCAUCAGGAACAUGUUUCCACCCAAUCUGGUAGAGGCCUGUUUCAAGCAGUAUAAAACUGUGUACAAGAAGAUUGUGCACACAAGGAACGUGACAGUGACCCUGAACCUCACUGACUCUCUCAACAUGACAGAGUCUAACCUUAGUGUGAACCUCAGCAGGGUGCUGCACACCAUACAGGAGACAGUGGAGGAGACUGUCCCUGUGUCCAGCUCCUCUGCUGGAGUGAACGCUCUGGGUUUGGUGGUCUUCUCCAUGUGCUUUGGUCUGGUCAUUGGCAACAUGAAGCAGCGGGGCGAGGCCCUCAGGGACUUCUUUGACUGCCUGAACGAAGCCAUCAUGAGGCUGGUGUCUGUCAUCAUCUGGUAUGCUCCAGUGGGUAUCCUGUUCCUGAUUGCGGGGAAGAUUGUGGAGAUGAAGAAUCUGGCGGAGGUGGGCGGCCAGCUGGGGAUGUACACCGUGUCAGUCAUUGUGGGUCUCCUCAUCCACGGCCUCUUUGUCCUGCCACUGCUCUACUUCCUGGUGACCAGGAAGAAUCCCUACAGCUUCAUUGGUGGCCUGCUGCAGGCGCUCAUCACAGCUCUGGGAACCUCAUCUAGCUCUGCUACUCUGCCCAUCACCUUCCGCUGUCUGGAGGAGAACAACCGUGUGGAUAAACGAGUGACACGUUUUGUCCUCCCUGUGGGUGCCACCAUCAACAUGGAUGGCACUGCCCUGUACGAGGCUGUGGCAGCCAUCUUUAUUGCUCAAGUGAAUGACAUGGAAUUAAACUUUGGCCAGAUUCUCACCAUCAGUAUCACAGCAACUGCUGCCAGCAUCGGAGCAGCAGGCAUCCCUCAGGCUGGCCUGGUUACCAUGGUGAUUGUAUUGACAUCGGUGGGACUGCCCACAGAGGACAUAACACUGAUCAUCGCCGUGGAUUGGUUCUUGGACCGUUUGCGCACCACCACCAACGUGCUGGGUGACUCACUUGGGGCUGGCAUUGUGGAGCACCUGUCCCGUGGAGAGCUGCAGAGUCAGGAUGCUGAGGUGCGCAACUCUGUAAUCGAGGAGAAUGAGAAGCCCUACCAGCUUAUCUGCCAGGAAAACGAUACCCUCAAUCACCACAGCAGUGAGACCACAAUGUGAAGACAAGAGUUACACCCUUAAGGGCUUCAUGUACCAAAAUAAUUUUAGCUAGAUGGUUGGCUUGCAAUUGUGCAGGGACAGUCUUAGAAAAUAAUAGUUUUUGGUCAACACAGCCAGUACUUGGGGCAAGUCCAGCCCGAGGCUGGUACACAUGCUGUUUAGGAACAGUUCGUACAUCCGAUGCCUAAAAUCUGAUUCAGUGUUUUUGCCUUGGGGGCGUUUUGCUGUUUGAUGACUGUUUUUUAUCAUGUUUUAAUAGAUUUGUAUAAUUUACGAUCCUUUCAGUUAGAGCAUCCUAAACUCCUUACCAGCAUUAUUGUAGAUAAACAUCACCAUUAAUCAAAAUUAUGCGAACCAACUAAUUUUCCAAUCUAGUGAAAAUGUAAAUCUGCAUAAUUUGGCUAUUGCUGUUGCAUGACUUAACACUUACUACAUAUUGUUUCUUUGGCAAACACUUUUUUUUGUCUUUCGCAUUAUGACUACCUCUACUAGGACUUAGAUAUGGAGCUUCUACAGCACUAUACACAAAAAUACUCAAUGGAGCAUAUCAGCAGGAUGUAAAUACAUCAUGGUGGAGGUGUGACGGAGAAUCUUGUGACAGAGAAUCUCUACUUAUUUUGAAGUUGAUAUAUUAAGUGACUUGGUAGAAUGUUUUUCACUUAGUGGUAUCUUAUGUAUGUAUUUCCUGUAUUUAUUUGGUGCUAUUGCUUUUAAACCAUAAGUACAGGACUAUACUGCUACACAGACAUUUUACAGGAAUCUUUGGAGUUAUAGCUGUUCAGAAACUUUUUUUUUUUUUUUUUACUUCAAGCACUUAUCCAGAUGUCAUAGAAGAGGAAGAUAUCAAAGAACAGAAUGAUCAAUUUUUGUUUAUUUUUUUCUUAGGUAAAAGUUUUAAUUUUUCCAUGUUAGAUAUUUUUUGAUUACUGAUGGGAGUAUAAACAACUGUAGUUUCAAGUUCCAAGACCAUUAGGUGACAUUUUGUUGUUGGUAACAACAAUGUGCUUAACAUCAGUAUUGUCUGUGUUUUCUGCUUUAUAAAUCACAUAUUUAAAUGUGUUUAGAUUUUGACUGGAAUAUAUUGCAAGCAAAUGAUUUAUUUAUUUUUUAUUGUUUUGUGAAAAGGUACUGUGAAGAAAGCCUUGAGGAAUUGAAUGUGCAGUUGUUUUAUGCUUUUUGGUGUUAAUUGUUUUAGGCUAAAGUGUAGUGUAUAAUUAUGAACGUUAUAUACCAUUUAAUCGAAAGCUCUUCUGACUUCAUGCCACUUCACGCUCAUUAAAAGGUUUGUUAUUUCAGUGAAUGGCUCAACAUUUUGAUGGACAGCUUAUGAAAAGUGUGACAAAUAAACGGCUCAGGAAUUGAA